AUGGAAUAUUUCGUCUUUAAUAGCCCUUAUAUCUUAAUAGAAGAUAUUAAGGGAAAGAAUAAACCAUUUUAUAAAGAAUAUAAGAAAGAAAAAGAAAAAAAUAAAAAUAAAAGGACGGGUCUUUGUGAAUUAUGCGUAGCUGGGUACGAGAACUACAAUGAGCAUAUUUCAGCAGAAAAACAUAAAAAAAUUGAAGAAAAAAUAAAUUAUGAAGAGAUUGAUAUAAUAAUAGAGAGAUAUAAGAAAAGGGAGAAGAGAAUGAGUAAGAAGAGAUUAUUUAUAUAA